AUGUCCGACACCAACAGCGCCCAUACUCCACUCAACGAGAGCAUUCGAUGCCUUCGACAGUUUCUCCGCCGCUAUCAUGAACCUUCUCCCACGGGCGACCCAGCUCUUGAUAGACAAAACUUUCGUUUACAAGCCGAAGCUGAGAGAUCUCUUGCACAAUUGGAGGAGCUCGGAACGACCUCAAGCUACAAUCGUCAAGCACGUGUGCCACCCGUUAGAGUCAUGACUACACCUCCCACAUUCGGCGACAAUACUGCCGCAGCCCUCACACCAGGGCAGCGAGGGCCGAGGAAACCCGUCACAACGCUCGUUUCCAUGCUCCCCAAGACCACCUACAACGAAGCAGAUGAGGCCAAGGGCACCGUAAGAACCCUGCCGUAUGUUAGGGUACAAUGUCAGCUUUUGCACUACCUAGGGAUCCACGCAUCCGAUACGCUCACUCCCCGACAAGCUUUCCGCUGGACAGAAGACACCGCGGAAAACAAGCGGCCACAGACCAAGGAUGCGCUGCGUCUAUGCUAUUAUAUGCGUUAUCAAGGCUUCGAUACGUACGCGGCUUUCCGCGACGGCUUCAUGAGCCUGUAUAUCGCUAAUCAGAAUACUGAUGUCAAGGGUCCGGGACCUGAUCUGCUGUACUGGAAGCAGAACUUUAAGAACAAUGCCAUCGUCCAUGAAGUCACUACUCAGUAUGAAUCGAAUGGAGCUCGUGGACCGAGGCGCAACGCUUUCGCGCCGACGGACGCCACAACUCAGGAACUCCUAGCUCACCUAAAUGCAAUGAGUACUGCUAGUAACCGUGCACAAUUUGCAAACAAUCUCGCUGUCGCCGAACAGGAUGGACAUGGAGAAGACGCAGAGGGUAAUGUUGGUCCAAUGCUGGAGAACAAUGAGGGACAAGCAGAUGGAGACGGUCGGCCUGCCCAGGGCUCCCUUGCAGCGUGCAUCGCUGCCGCAACGGCCGACUUGGAGAUUCUACUGCUCUCCAAUUCGCCUGACACAGCAGCCAUUGACGCCGCUAUCGCACGGGUAGCGGAGUUGAACAGCCAUGAGGACUAG